UUUAGUCUGCUGGCUGUGGCUGCUGCUUGUUUAUGUUCUUCUAGCUAGGAGCUUUGGUCUUGCUGAGAUUUUCAUAUCACACUUCAAGCUUUGAUAUUGAAGACGGAAUUGCACACACGAUGACGACCAUUUGGAACGGUCUCCUCAUCUUCGCCUUCUAUACCCUCACACUUUUCUGCGUUGCUGCUGUCCAGGCAGUGCCAUAUGAUUACUCGUACACACUUGCGUGUACGCCGGUGCCCGAGGUACCACAGUAUGACGGGGGGAUCAUCGUGAACCCCUUAUUUGACGACGGACUAGAGGGAUGGACGUCGACCGGUGGUGCAACAUUAGAGUAUGCAAAAUCGUUUGACGGGAAUAGCUUCGCCAUUAUUUCCAACACAGUUACACUUGGAUCCGAUGGCAUUUCGCAGUGUUUCAACGCGGAGAAUGACAAAUUCUACACUAUCUCAGCAAUAUUUACAGCGUGGUUCCAAACAAGUGUAGAUGAAGCUACGGCACAUAUAAAAGUCAUAACAAGCACCGCAAAUCAAACGGCUAACUGGAUUGAGCAGCUCAGGAACGGCGGCUACGAUGGUCCCCUGGGGAUUGGCCUUGAGGGCCAUUUCGGAGUAGUGGAGCCAAACUUCGCGUACAUUAGGGCUUCCAUCGAUAUGCUUCACGCCGCUGCACUCCCGAUAUGGAUCACCGAAUUCGAUGUCCCUACCCUACUAAUGUCUUGGACGGUAACUUUAUAAUAUUUUCUUUCUCAAUCUCAUCAAUAGUAAGCUACUGUCUAAGGGGCUUCUUGGUACGAUGAAAUGGAAUGUGAUUGCUACUUCCAUUCUAUUCAUUUGCUCGGUGUAAUAGAAUGCAUGAGUGAAUGGAUGAAAAUGCAACGGAAAUUGACAUUUCA